AGUGGCGCGUUCUCCGCGAGCAAGUGACAUAUUUCGGGGCAAAGCGGCCACCGCUUUCGGCCGGUGCACACGUUUCGUUAGCUUCACUAUUUUAAAAACUCUAUCUACUUGCCGGUAUCCGGGAAGGGACCGACCGCACCGCGCACCGUGCCACUCAUUGCCGAUGCAGUCGACCUGCGUACGCGUCGCUACGCUAGCCGCUUGACGUGCGUUCGCGCCCGCUCUCAUGCACCUUUCAUUGUUGAUAUGUUAUUUUUAAAUGUGCGUAAACUACGUCAGUCAAUGAACUCGUUGUAAACAAAUAAAGUGCCUUAUUUUGAUGAUGUUUGUUACGAAGAAGAGGUGAUAUUUGUUGGUGCUGUUAAGUUUCUUUACACACGAUGAGCGGGAGGGAAGGCGGAAAUGCAGUUCCGUCUUCGAGUGUCGGUAGCGCAGCGGGCUCGGGCGCGGGCGUGGCGCCAGCGGGGGUGACGGGGGUCACGCGGCGCGGUCGCUGCAAGUGGUUCAACGUGGCCAAGGGCUGGGGGUUCAUCACGCCGGACGACGGUGGCCAGGAUGUCUUUGUGCAUCAGAGCGUCAUUCAGAUGCCAGGGUUUCGGUCGCUGGGCGACGAGGAGGCCGUAGAGUUCGAAUGCAAGGAGUCCGACAAGGGGCUGGAGGCAACCAGAGUCUCCGGGCCCUCGGCCGUGGACUGCCAGGGCUCGCACCGCAGGCCGCUCUCCAAGAAACGGUUCAGAAAAAUACGCUGCUACAACUGCGGAGAGUUCGCCAACCAUAUAGCCGCCAAGUGCAACAUCGACCCGCAACCAAAGAGGUGUCACAACUGCAAGAGCGAAGACCAUCUCAUCGCUGAUUGCCCUAUAAAGGUUGAAAAGAAGAGUGAUCAGCAAACGAAGAGUUCUGGCAGUUCUCAAGACAGCCAAGAUGGCAGCCCGCAGCAUACAUGAUGGUCCUAUCCUAGAUGGAUUAUCAGGCAUUCUAGCUGCAUUCGUUCUUUAAUUUUACAAAUAUAGACCGUAAGCUAAAGAAUGCAUAAUAUUUCGUCAACGCAGACAUCCAAAUCACUAUUUACUUAAAUAUACAUAUGACUAUCUACCUCAAAUGCAUCUACGAGUAUAAAGACAAGACAUAAACUAGUAUACAGAAAAAAAGCAAGACUGAUAAGUACAAAUAUCAUUAUACUUAUUUAAUUUUGUUAUUACAAUAUUAAGUUUAACUUUAGUGCGCUAUAAGAGACCUGAUUUUUUAUCAUACCUAUUGCUAAUUUAUUGUAAUAAUUAAUUACUGAUUACUUAAAAAUCCCUUUGAGUCUUGACCUGCCAAAAGUUUUGUUAUAAUUCACGUCACAUUUUAUCGUUUCCUUUCAUGCUUCCCGGUUGUCGCAGAUUGUUAUUCGGCUACUUAAUUGAUGGAAUUUAUUUCGACGAAUAUUUUAACUUAAAAAAUGUGGCAGGAAUAUUUGGUCAAAUAUGUACACCGAAGUUAGCUGGUACCAUUGGAGAAUAUCCUCAAAUAGCCAAAAAUUUUGAAACUGAUAUACAUAUCCUAUUUUUACCUAAGUAAUCUAAUAAAACAAUCUAAAAUGUUGUUUUCUAAUGGAUAAAUAAAAUAUAUGAAAUAAUAUUUGCCUAGAAACAAAAUAAAACAUAAAGGAAGCACGCAUAUUAUUAUUCAAAAUAUUGCAAAUCUGGUUAAAUUGAAUUUGAUUACUUUCGCUUGCUUUAUUGCCACUGUACUACAUACAUUCUACUACUGUUUGCAUUAUAUUAAUAAACUCGUAAGUACCUAACUUAAGUACAAAAAUGUGUUCGAGUGUCAAUAUUAUAAUUUUCCUAUAUCGUAUUUACCCAAAGUUAAGUGUGUGUUUAAAUCAUUAUUAUCAAUAUUAUUAAUUUUAUUGCUAAAUUCUAUUAAUGACAAACUUUAAGUAAUAUUAGUAUAUAGUAUACAAGUAGCUAUUGUCAGACCAAAUAAGAAAUUUGAAGUUUACAUUGUUAAGACUCGAUUAAUAAUAUUUUCUACUACUGCCGUAUUAACUAGGCUUGUAUAAUUUUAUACUUAGUGCCAUGGAGUCAGUAUUUAUGUAUAAAAGAAUUUAAUCAAUUUGCUUAUUAGACGAAAACUAGAUAUUAUUAUAUUAGCUACUACUGUCAGCAGGUUUUUGAACUUAAAUAUCUUAUUUGGUCUUUUUAGCAAAUACAGUUUAAUAAUGAUAGGUUAAAUGUUCUUGGUCUUUAAAUUUAGAAAUAUAACUACACUUCAUUUUAUUAAUUCCUAUAAUUAAUAGUAUAUGUAUGUUGUUACCUGCAACGCUACUAGACCGUAACCAAAAGAAUAUCUACAGUAAUGGAAAUUUUAUUUUAAAUAUGAACAUAUGUAACGGUGCAAUUGUUUUAUCGAUAUACAUUACCAAUAACCAAUUUAUAAGAAUAAAAAUAUGUAAAUCAACGUGCCAAAGUUCACCUAACAUCGUUGCAAUAAUUAAUUUAGUUAAACUGUAAUAUUCAAGAGGCGUCUGAUGAGUUAACUUGUUUUAAUGUUAAGAUUGAAAGAAUAAUGUAUAUUAAUUAAGUACACACAUCCACCUACUAAAAUAAAAGUACGACUUUGUAAAUGAAAUAAAAGCCAUGAGUAAUGUUUAUACUUUAAGUUUGCUCAAAAGCCUAAUGAUAAGUGACGUUUUUAUAAGUAUAGGUACUUAAUUACACAGAAAACAUUGCGAAGAAGUCUGUUUAUCUAGUUUUAUACUUUAAGUAAUUUGCAAUAAUUAUUUGACAUUGCUUACCGUCACGUUUUAAUCUGUUAAUCAUGAAUUAGCCUUUUUGAUGCUAUAAUAUUAUAUAAAUUAAACUAUACUUAUAUGGCCAUCAAUAAACAUAAAAAAAACAUCCUUUGUAGGAUAUCUAUAUAUUGGUAAAAAGCUAAGCUAAUCUAACUCAUAUAAUAUACCAUAGUACUACAAUAAAACUUGCUUGUUCAAGAGUACAUAGGUAUAUGUUGGAAGACAAUUUGAAUUGUGUUUUUGACUGACACGUGAUUGAAAUAUCAUUAAGUAUUACAACAUACGGGUUUUAAUUAAUAUACUUAAGGAUUACAGUUAAGAGGGUUUGUUUGGUCCAUACCUUUCGGCGAAUAGCUGAAGGGGCUUCUUGUUUUUAAAAGCUUUUAUUUUAUUGCAUAUUUACUGGCGAAAGUUAAUUUAAUUUGGGUAGUUAAUUUAUUUAUAGAACUGUGUCAAAAUAAUACCAGCCACCUAUAAUAUAAGUGUUUUCAUACACCGAUAAAAAUAAAGUGUUUUCAUACACCUUGAAUAAAUAUACCUAUGGGAGACGUGUUCAGGCACAACUUAAAAUAAAAUUUUGCAAACGGAAAAAAAACGCAAUACAGUUUUUCUAUUAUUAUGAAUGGAGCAUUAUUACUUUGAAAUAUAUUUGACAUGACAUGACUAAAAUGAUAAUCAUUAAUGUUCAAUUAAAUUAGACGAUCCCCUAUUCCGCUAAUCCUCCUUAUUAAACAAAUAAAUGGGCUAAAUUUUAAGAAUAUUGUUAUUUUUAAUUUUGUUACUAAGUACAAAAAUAGCUGAUUCUGUAGAUUCCUGGGGUGUCACGUAUUUGAUUCAAUUUUUACAUAGAGUGCAUAUUAUAAACAAUAACAGUAGUUUAUAAGUAUCUAAUAAGCGAUUAAUUGAUACGAAAUUCCGUUAUGUUACAUUGAGUUAUUAUUACUAGAGAGAAGCCAUACCGAACAAUGAAAUUGUCGCAAUAGCAACCUGUACCACGUGACCAAAGCGUCAUAAGCGCCGUAAAAAUUUAUGGCGCUUACGCGGUUAGGUCGCGAGAUGCACGUUCUGCUUAUAGAAGCAUAACCAUAGGGUUUGGUGUCAAAACAAGAACUCAUGGAGCAAAAUACUGGUUCUCUGUGCCGGUUCUAUACGUAGUAAUAAUAGUUCAAUGGUUAUAUUAUUGUCAAACUUUGACAUUAUUAUAAACGCCAUUGCCAGUCACCCAUUAUUUACCUCUAUGAAAUGUUCAACGUUAAUUAUUUUAAAAACCCUGCACAGUCUCCAGCUACAUUUUUAUCACAAUGAAACUUAAUUUUAAGAUUAUAUUGAAAGACUAUUUGUAAACAACUACCUCAUUAUUUAAGUAGAUUAUACCGAUAAGUCAAUAUUAACAAUUAUAGAGUCUAGCAAUUAUUAUUUUCUUUAUUAGCUUUGCUGAAUGCCGAAUUUCUUAAGGUUUGUAUUUCUUAUGUUUAGAGUUUAAUUUUUGUUUUUAUUUUUCAUAGAAAAAUAAAGCCUGUAACGGAAA